CCCAACGGAUGGCCUUUUUGGGGGGGGGGGGGUGCGCUGCCCGCUUAUUGGGCUGUAGCCAUUGGGCGACAACGGAGGGGGGUCAGCCUUCUGCACAAGGGGUGGGACAGGGAGGCGGCCGCCUCGGCAGGGUUUAGCGGGCUAGUCAAAAGCCCUUGAGCGCUAGGCUGGGGACUGUUACUGGCGGCCCUUUUAGGGCUUGGUUAUGGGGCUCCCUGGCUGCGGAGACCCGGUCCCCUUCGAGCCUGCUGGAGCCCAAGCGUCGAUUGUUGGCUUGGCCAGCCCCAUCGAAUGACAACACCGCUCGAGAAAAGCAGUAACUAAUAAAAAAUAUAGAUAAAAAAAAAAAAAAAAAAAAAAAAGCAACGUUCUCUACGGAAAACUCAAAACAGACAUCUAGGAGAUCGCGACAUCGCUAACGUUUACCUGCUUGAGACUUGAUGAAAGGGGUUUCAAGUUCGAAAAUGUUUUGAGCCCUACGUUGUGCCCAAUAAUGCAAUGCACGUAUCUGUUUCGAGAGAGGCUGAGCCUGCUGCCCUUCCAUGUCAUGAAUCAUCGGAAUGAAGUUGUUGACUCGUUGGCCAGCCCAAUCCCAUUUCAACAGCGAAGAGUCCCCAGGCAACUGAUAACCUCUGAGAAACUCGAUGAGAACAGGGCAGUUGAUUUAUCAGGUUUGUUCUACGCAGUAGGUGUUGACCGACGGGCCGCUGGGCAAAACCGUUAUUAUUGAUGAAGAAAUUUAAAAAUUAAAACGACCAACGGCUCACCAAAAUAUCUUAGCAAGUGUCUGCGGUCAAGUCUACCAUUUACGACUAGAUCGGAAUAACCCAACCCGUGCAUGUUUCGAUGUUAUGCAGUGGAAGAUUCCAUGACACUUGUAUGGGCUCUCUCUCAGCCAUUGUAAAAGUCCAUACAUCCUCACGGGAUUCUAGCCAACUUCCCUAACCAAAACCUAAGAUCGAUGGGCCCGCGAAGUUGGUACACUCCCGUUUCCCAGGGACGGACGUCGCCCUGGAUAUGCUGCAGAGGAAUGAAUCAUAUAUCAUAUCCAGCUCAACGACUUCCUUCCUGCUAUCAGCAUCCUCCUCCUUCCCCCAGGGAAAACUGUUGGAAUUUUUUGAGUAAAAUCCAAUGCGGGCGACGGCUCCACAGAGCCUCCCAGAACAAACAUGAUGCUGAUGCCAUGACUUCUUCCCCACAUAGCUCCCCGAGGAUUCGAGAAAUCUCGACAUUAGACGGAUUUUGCAACCACUGCGCUCACGAAAUACUUGGCGCACAUAGAAUCCUAUUAUUGCUUAGUUGCCAAGUACACCGCGGAUUUUAAUAACCAUCAUGUAAUUAUUAAAUCACACUAUCUGAAGGACUUGUAAAAUAAAAUCUCGGUGUAUUAUAGAGACAGCAUGAAUAUAUUUUAAUUCAAUGCAAAUCUUGGCUGUUGAA